CGCCGGAGCGCGAUCAGUCGACUAAGCACCAGUGCGUCAACAACGUUGCACUAGAGGGGCAUUCUGAAACAACGACGCCCUGGCCCGCGCACAUGCGGCAAAAUGAGGUCCCCUCCUGCGCCUUCCGCAUUCUCGCUGUAACCUUCCUGGAUCAAGCAAGUGCGAUCUCUGCAAUCUUACCUUUGAUCCUAUCUUGGUCUCCGCAGCGCUUCUCGAGUCGUCGCUUCUAUACCCUUGGGCCGCUUACUGGCUUUAUCCGCUGUGCAAGGGACUCUCGGGCGCUCCUUGAUGGAGAUCAUUUUACGGCGGGAUCCUGCUCGGACAUCGGAUUGUUUCUGGUUGUGAAACUCGUCGUGCACCAGGAGGGGCCUUCUCUUCAAGACACGCCUUAGGUUUGCCCGCCCUUUCGAAUGGCUUCUUGAACGUCCUUCUACUCCUUCUUCCUUUGAUUCGUAUCUUGAGCGAACGAGGGGAUUGAGUUAUACAUUCUUGUACUUUAUUUUUCUUCUACUUGUUUUGCUUGUUUGAUAGGCGGUGCCUACGUCCCCUCCUUUGACUACUAUCACAUCUUUACUUGCUUGUUGG